GUCACUGCUGCAGGCCUAAGGGCGACCUUACUGCUUCUGCCCUUACUUGGCCUCAACUAUCUGGUGACACCCUUUCGACCUCAUAAGGGUCACCCUUGGGAAAAAUACUAUGAGCUGACAUCGGCUAUCACCGCAUCGUUCCAGGGCCUGUGUGUGGCAACACUAUUCUGCUUUUGCAAUGGCGAGGUAAUAGCUCAGAUAAGGAGGAGAUGGCAGUAUAUAAUGUUCAGACCUAGAGCCAAUUCCUACACUGCCACAACCGUUUCGAAAAAGCGUUCUUGGAAUGGCAUGGAUCCCAGCAUGAAUCAUUCUCAAAACCAUGACAAUAAACGUUUGCUUUUUGUUCGUUCAACAGUGUGUCCUAACACAGGGGAAGAUAACGUUUAACUUCGCCUUCAAAAUAUUUUGAAGAAAUCUUCAAAUGUACAGUUAAUUUUUAAGCUACUAGUCUAUUGUCCCUUGUUAGUAUCCUACUAUUCUAUUAUUAUACAAGUCGAUGUGAAAUACAGUGACUCAGUUGCACAGAGGUCUGUUAAAUUUUAACCGUGAUUAAAUGUCACUUGAACCAAUUAGAGAAUUAAAAUUUAUGAAUUUAGAGCUAGUUUUUUUUAUUUUUUAUAGAAUAGUAUUAUAGUCCCUUUUUUGAA